AUGAAUAAUUCGCAGGAUUUUCCGUUGAAUAUUUCUAAGCUACUCCCUGCCAUUCAGAUUAAUGAUUCAUCAAAUGGUACAGAUGAAAGUGACGUUGUUUGGGGCAGCACUGCAAAUAGAGGUUUCAUCUUUUGCCUGUACGGCGUUUUCUCCAUAGUUGGUAUUGUCGGUAAUCUGAUAGUCACUGUCGUGCUGCUUCGUGUACCGACUCUACGCUCAAACACCAGUGAUUUAUUGGUGCAUCUAUCUCUAGUUGACCUCCUAGUGUGUAUACUUGUCAUCCCCUUCAAAAUUAUCCCAACUACCGGCACUUCAGCACCGAAUCCAGGGUUCCUCGGUGAGCUCCGAUGCCGAGUUUACGUCAGUCAGUUUAUCUUCUGGGUAAGUUCCCUGACGUCUGUCUUAUGCCUAGUCACCGUUAACGUGGAGCGGUUUGUAGCCAUCGUCUACCCUCUCAAGUACAAAGUGGUGUUCACCAGACGAAAAAAAUACUUGAUGAUCGCGUCGUGCUGGAUUUUAGGUGGUAUCUCCAAAUCGUUCCAGGUGUUGCUGUAUAGUGAAGAUGACGUGGUCGGGUGCCAUUUUCUGGGCUGGCCGAGCCGUGCAGUCCAGGCGUUUGUUGGGUUGUACACAUUCACGAUUCAAUUGCUGGCACCGUUCGUACUGAUGAUAACCGCGCAAUGGAAGGUGAUUUUAGCACUCAGAAGACAAGUCAAGAAAUUGACAGAAAGAUCAGCUUCUUCGGCGUUUAAUCCAUUGGAUCAGCGUAAAAUGUGGCAGCUCCGAGCGUCUCAAACUCUGAUCAAGACCCUCCUGACCUUCGUCAUCACCUUCGCCGUCUGCUGGGCUCCAAACCAGGUAGUGUUCCUCGGCUACAACCUGGGUCUCGACGUGGACUUCGCCUCUCCUGUGUACCAUGUGGGUAACAUCUUGGCCGUGUGUAACUCCUGUGUCAACCCGAUCAUCUACACCAUGACAAACCAGCCAUUUCGGAAGGGGAUUCGGGAGGCAUUCUGCAGGAAGAGCAGGCGCUGGGUAACUCCUUCGGUCUGA